UGCUGGUCAAAGUGGAGAGCAAGAAGCAGAUGCACAGGCAGUGCCAGCAGGGCCAGGGAGCGUGGCAGGAGGGUGGUGCUGGUGCUGGUCUGUGUGGGGCUGGGGGCAGGAAGGCCAAGGCCCAGUUGGAACUGGACGUGGUGAGGGGUGCAAAGAAGAACGAGGAAGGCUUCAACAGGGCUGUCAACCUGAAAAGGAAAGUCCUGGAGGGUGAACCCACCAGUGAGCAAUGCAGGCAGGCUGGAAACAACAGACAAGAAGGCUGACUCCUUCAUGGGGUAUAUGGGUUCUGCACACAGCCUCUGCGUGUCAGUACAUUCAAUCAGACUCAAAAAUGCUGUCCCACAUUCUGAGAGCAAGGCAAGGUCCAUCCCUUGUUCCUGUCCUUCUAAUUCAGACAGCAGAAUGAUUUCCUGAUCUGAUGGGUCUGGCAGCACCACACACCCUCGCUGAGUGCUAUUCCGUUCAGCAGUGAAUUGGCUCUGCAGGGCUGCCAAUGGCCCCUGCCAGGAUUUCAGCCUUCCAUCAGCAGUGUGUUGAAUGACAGCCUCUCCUUCUGGGCUGUCAGCAGCGCUGCUCCCAACACAGCGCACACUCUGCGGUUCUGAGCCCAAGGCAUUCCCGGUGGGGAAGGGCACACAGUGCCCCUUUUCAGCUCCUCAGGAACAGGGGAGCAGCCCAGCACUGGCAUUUCCCAGGCAGCCAUGGCUUGGCCCUGCUUGGGCCUGUUCCAGCAUGGAGCCUUCCUGGGGGAGAGCUGAGAGGUCACCUCCGGACGUUUCCGGACCUGUCACGGGCUCAGAUUUAUCUACAUAACUCUGUGACACCAGAGAAGCUGCAUUUCUUGAUGUCUCCUUUUUGCCAGGUGGUGACUUCAAUCAUUGCAUGAGCGCUCUCAUCCCCCUUCUGCACCAGCACUGCAAAUCCUCAAAAUGGACCAUGAUUGCUUUCCUCCCUGCAUCUCUCUCUCUUACGUUCCUUCUAUGCUUCUCUCCAAUUUCUCUCCUUUCUUUUCCUCUCUCUUCCUCAUUUUCCUCCCAGUCAUGUUUUACUCUUCUCCUGCAGCAGCCAUGAUCCAUGACAGCCCAGGGUUGAGAGCGUGUGGGGCACUUCAUCAGGUGCAGUGUGCAGAGUGCAUCUCUCCACUUGUCGCACCCCAGAGGGGCCCCACAGUGCAACCACCCCUAUGGGUUAAUAUGUCCACAUCAGGAGGUGACAUCAUAUCGUCCUGAAAAAGAAAGGGGAACUGACAGCAGCUCUCCGGCCACUUCCUUUCCCCUCUGCAGUCGCACUGUCCACAACCUGCUCCUGCCUCAUGGCACCAAUGGCCGUGGCCCUCAUUCUCGGUGAGUGACAAUGGGGACGUGGUGCCACGGGGGUUGGUGGCCCUGUGUGAGUCCAGGACCGUGUCCCUUGCAGGUUGGUGGCUGGUGGCAGCGAGCAGGGCACAGCAACUACCAGGUGUCUUGGGCAGAAGAGGCUUCAGAGAAGAGUGACCCCGUGGAGCUGGUGCUGACAGAUCACAGCUAUUCCCCACCCAGCAUUUCCAUUCACCCCGAGCAAUGUGUGGAAAUGGGGACCAACAUCACCAUCCACUGCUGGAACAAGGGCUACGGGGCCGCCUUCCUCCUGCACAAGGAUGGGAGCUCACCCCCUAUCAAGCACCAGGAUCCCAGUGGUGGAGGUGCUGCAAACUUUACCUUCCUGGCGGUGACCCCAGCUGACAGUGGCACCUACAGGUGCUCCUAUCGCCCCAGGGGUUACCCCUUUGUGUCCUCACCCCUUGGGGACAGCGUGAUGCUGGAGGUGACACCCACAGCUGCACCCUCAGGUGUUGAGGAGCAGUCCCGUGCCAAUCUGGUGAUGGCACUGGUGAGGGGCUUUGUGGCUGCACUCGUCUUUGGCCUCGGAGUCUUCUUUGUCAUCGAUGCCCGCAGCCUCUGGAUACGGAGAGAUGACAACUGUGUCUCGCUGUCCCCAGGCUGCUCCUGCCUCAUGGCACCAAUGGCGGUGGCCCUCAUCCUCGGUUGGUGGCUGGUGACAACGAGCAGGGCACAGCAACUGCCCCGACCCUCCCUGUCGCUGCACCCCAUCCAGAGGGUGUCCCUGGGGGACAAUGUCACCCUGCGGUGCCACCUGCCCCGGCUGGCUAGCAGGAUCCAGCUCUGCCAGGAUCAGCGUCUGACUUCCUGCAUGGACAAGUAUGAGAUGCAGGAUGUAGCUGACUUCUACAUUACCACAAAGCGGGAACAUGCAGGGACGUAUUGGUGCCAGUAUCAGGUGCUGAAGCCAUUGCAGACGUCAGAGAAGAGUGACCCAAUGGAGCUGGUGGUGACAGAUCUCAGCUUCCCCCCACCCGGCAUUUCCCUGAGCCCUGGGGGACACGUGGGGAUGGGGACCAACAUCACCAUCCGUUGCUGGAACAAGGAUUAUGGGGCCACUUUCCUCCUGCACAAGGACGGGUGCUCAGCUGCCUUCCAGCGCCAGCACCCCGAUAAUGGGGGUAUGGCCACCUUCACCCUCUUUCAGGUGACCCCAACUGAUAAUGGCACCUAUAGGUGCUCCUACCUCAUCAAAGGCUACUUCCCCUUACUGUCCUCACCCCUUGGGGACAACGUCACUCUGGAGGUGACACCCACAUCUGCACACCCAGGUGCUGCCGUGGAGUCCCACAGGAACAUGGUGGUGGCAGUGGCAGGGGGCUGUGCUGUCGCCUUUGUGUUCAUCCCCCUCCUCAUCAUCUUCUUCCUCCUCACUACCCGCAGAUGCCAGAGGUUGAGAGAUAAGCGCCAUGGUGCACCCCCAAGUAGGCCCGAGGCUGUGCAGCUCCAGGCGCCAUGCAGUGACAGCGACUGUCUGACCUAUGUUGAGCUGCAAGCGGAGCCCCCCACAACUCGGUCCCCUGCUCCUCCUGCUGACCCCCAACCCCCCACUAUCUACGCUGAUGUGCGCACCGGGGGACCCCACUGAUGUCCCCCAUAUGUGUGGACAUGCAUGUGGAUGUUGUGUGCACAGAUGCACUUC